GCUAGCCAGAGCCAACAUGAAGACAGCCACAGUCUUGGUUUUGGUGGCUUUGAUUGCCAUAGUGAUGGACACAUCCUGUGCUCUGUCCUCUCCUAAAGGUCAGAAACCGGGAGCUUGUCCCAAGCUGCCCCCAGAUGCUGUUGGAAUUUGUGUUGAGCAAUGCUCUGGAGAUGGGUCUUGCCCUGGGAAAAUGAAGUGCUGCAGCAAUGGGUGUGGUCAUGUCUGCAAACAUCCUGUCUUCACAAAGACUCUAAGCCCUUUGGGAGACAGAUUCCCUACUUAUCAGGAUGUUUGAUGACCAGAACCAGAUUUCUUCUGAAUCCAUGGAGCACAUCCCUGCUACUCCUUAACAGUAGAAUUGCAUCCCUAGUAAAUGAAAACCAAUAUGUAGUGACUGCUUCCUUGUGUCUUUGUGUCCAAAAUAAACGAUCCUUAGCAUUCUA